GACGAGGCAGUGCUGUCUUUUGUCGUCCAAGACCGUACCCUCCAUCUUUGUUCGUAAAAGUUGACGUAGUCCCAAAUCCAACCUACUCUUGGUGGACGUCACUCAUCAGCAUGGUCCGAAUCGCAACGCAGAGCCCGCUGACGGGCGAAGACGUACCCACUCACUACCUCCAUGCAUCUUCAGCCUUCUUCAGAGACACAUCAGGCAGAGCUGUCCUCCUGCGAGGCAUCAAUCUCUCUGGCUCGUCCAAGGCCCCUGUGGACCGACCCACGCAACUGGCAGACGGCACUCUCUGGCGCGAGGCCGAGGACGGGGGCAAAAGCUUCGUUGGACAGCCACUGAAUCUGCAGGAUGGAUCGGCAGAUGUGCAUUUGACAAGAUUGAAGAUGCUGGGGAUCAAUUGCUUUCGAUACGUCUUUACCUGGGAGGCGUUGGAGCAUCAGGGACCGCGCAAGUACGACUAUGAGUAUAUGGACUACAUCGUAGCGGUACUCCGCAAAUGCAAAGAGUAUGGCUUUCGAGUGUAUAUGGACCCUCAUCAGGACAUCUUCUCGCGCUUCAGCGGCGGAUCAGGAACGCCCUUCUGGGUCUUGCCUGCCUGCGGAAUCGACCAUCGAGCGUUCGCAGCUACUUCUGCCGCCUACCUACAUUCUGAGUGGCCCUCGCCUGAGAAGCCCGACCCUGAGACGAUUCCUAAGAUGCUAUGGGCUACCAAUUAUGGCCGUCUAGCUCCGGCGACCCUCUCUGCCCUCUUCUUUGCCAGCCACGACUACGCGCCUAGAUGUCGCAUUGACGGGAAGCCACUCUCCGAAUGGCUGCAAGACCAUUUCCUGGCUGCUUGCCGAGAGCUGGCUAUCAGAAUUAAAGAUGCAGGUGGUCUGUUCGAAGACUGCGUCAUAGGCUGGGAUAGUAUGAACGAGCCAAACCAGACGUACAUAGGACUGGAGGACAUCAAAGUCAUACCGCAGAGGUGGCAGCUUCGUCAAGGACCAAUGCCUACGCCUGCUCAGAGUAUGCAGCUUGGCAUUGGGAGGGUACAAAAGGUGGAGAAUUGGCGCUUCACUUCCCUCGGUCCAAAGAGGGAUGGGUCAGUGACCAUCUCACCCAACGGGGCUAGCGUAUGGCUCUCGCCUGAGGACGAUGGCAUUCAUGGCGGUAGCAAGUGGGGAUGGCAGCGUGACCCAGACUGGCCAUUGGGUCAAUGCGUGUGGGCAGCUCACGGGGUAUGGGACAGCCAAACCGGGGAGGUGCUCAAGCCUGACUACUUCCUCAACUACCAAGGUCAGCGCAAAGUAGACUUCAUCAGCGACUAUUGGCUGCCAUUCUGGCGCAGGUACAAAGCCGCCAUUCGGCCCAUCCAUAAAGAGGCGAUUAUGUUCGUCCAGCCACCAGUCUUCGAGCCGCCGCCGGAAGAGAUGGUCGCAGAGCUGGACAAUCGAGCCUGCCUCUCAAGCCACUUCUACGAUGGGCUCACGCUCAUUACCAAGCACUGGAAUUGGUAUAAUGCCGAUGCUGUCGGCCUCUUCCGGGGAAAGUACGCUUCCCUACCUCUGGCACUCCGCUUCGGUGCCAAGGCGGUGCGCAAGGUUAUCAGAGAUCAGAUUGGCUAUUUGCGAGGCGACACACUCGACGUGCUCGGUCAGUACCCUACUCUCAUCGGUGAAAUUGGCAUCCCCUUCGAUCUGGACAACAGAAAGGCCUACUAUGGCGACUCGAAAGGCAAAGGCAAGGGAGACUACUCGGCGCAGACUGCCGCCUUGGACGCUUCUCUGAAUGGAUGUGAUGGGAAGAACCUCUGCAACUACACCAUGUGGACCUAUUGUCCUGAUCACACACACAAGUGGGGCGACGGAUGGAAUGGAGAAGACUUGAGUAUCUGGAGCGAGGACGAUGUGGACAGGCAAGCUCUGGCCGACUCCUGGGUGGCAAACGAAGCCCACUCAGGCGAUGGGCAGACUAUCGUGGGAUCUGCUAGAAGCUCUCUGGACAAGCCUGACCUGGAAGGUACUGGAGCUGCAGCCUCCAGCUCCGUGCUCACCAAAGCUUCAGGCGAGAUCUCGCCCAAAGCCUUGAUCGCCAUCUACUCCGGUCUCCGUUCAGCCGGCGCCGUCUCGCGUCCAUACCCAAUGGCGACGGUCGGCACUCCCCUCGAGAUCGAUUUUGACAUCAAGACUUCUCUCUUCAAGUACACCGUCCAGGUGACCGCAGAGGAUGUCGGAAGUGCAGAUCUGCCAACGGAGAUCUACGUGCCACUGUUACACUAUGCUGCGGACGAUGAGCUGGCGCAGAAGUGCGGCAGAGCAGACGUCCGUCGUCGUCGUCCCGCCAUCGCUGGAGCUUCCCCUAGUGAAGUCCCGCGUCUCCCCUCGCUUGCUUCCUUCUUCGGCGAUGAGAUUCAAAGCGCAGCCGCUUCCUCCUCAUCGUCAACACGCCGCAAUCUCCUAACCGACGCUCGUCUCCCCUCUCUUGCCCUGGAGGUCAAAGUCAGCUCCGGGCGGUACGAGGUGCAGGGUCAGACGCUCAAGUGGUACCUAGCCCAUGGGGAGGGCUCAAAGGGUAAGCAGACGAUUGAGAUUAGGCGAAAGGGAGGAGCCAUCAAGCCCAAGGAGGGAGAGAAGCCAGGCGAGGGGGGUAUGUCGUAUUGGUGUUGUAUCAUGUGAGGAACAGAUAGGAUGGGCUUUUGCUCGUUGUGUUGUGUUUAUGGUAUCAUUGAGGGUGGAUGGUAUAGAUACGUCCGUCGGGUCCUUCAACACACGUCACGAAAACGAUACUUCACACAUGUCACUCUGCUGAGCCUGACUGCGAGCGAGCCUCUGCAGUGAAGGAGCAGCGAAGAGGUUUUGCGAAUUGACUAUAGUACAUUGUGUUCGACGAGACCUAGAAGAAGUCC